AUGCCAGUAUGCGCAACGCAAUGUUACGAAUCGAGCAUCAACACGCAGACUACCUGCGCGCCAGCAGAUUUAACAUGCAUAUGCGCAGACCAGGCAUACCUUGAUGAUGCCAAGCGAUGUAUACAGUCAUCAUGCACCACAAUAGAAGCUCUGGCGGCCCGCAACACCACAGAAACCCUCUGCGGUCGCCCCGUACGGGACAACACGCACGUCGACCCCAUCAUAACCGGAAUCUCGGGCAGCGCCGCGCUGUUUGCGGUAACGGUUCGGUGCAUCACUGUAGGCAAAGGCUUUGCCCUCGACGACUUCUUUGUCGUGCUCUCCUUCAUCGGUGCCAUCCCCCUCGGUACAAUACAAUUUCUCAAGUCACACGAUGGCUUCGGAAAAGACAUCUGGACCCUCACUCCCGACAGCAUUACUCGAAUCUUGAAAUAUAUAUGGCUAGCCCAGAUAUCGUACUCGUUCACGCUUUCCAUGACAAAAAUGUCAUUUGUCGCCUGCUGCCUGCGCAUCUUCCCAGGGACUUCGUUUCGCUGGCGCGCCUACGUAGUAAUGGCCUUGUGCGUUACUUACGGCCUCGUCUUCACCCUGAACACCAUAUUCAACUGCACGCCUAUCGACUACGUAUGGACGAGGUGGGACGGCACACACAGCGGGACCUGUACCAACCUCCAUGCCCUCGCCGCUUCAUACGCAGCCGUCAACAUCACGAUCGAGAUUCUGGUACUCUCACUGCCGAUCCCAGAGUUGAUGCGACUAGCAAUGAGUCUGCGGAAUAGAAUUUUUAUCAUUGCAAUGUUUAGUGUUGGCAUUUUUACACUGAUCGUAUCCAUUCUCCGCCUACGAACCCUCGUCGUCUUCGAAAAGUCAGCAAACCCAACUUACGACUCCGUCCCUACCGCCUAUUGGUCCACCCUCGAGGCCUACGUCGGCAUCUUCUGCGUCUGCAUGCCUGCCCUCCGCCGCUUCCUCUCUCACAUGUUCCCCCGCUGCUUUGCCUCGACACCGCAGAACUCGCGGUAUAAUUUGUACGAGGAUAGGCACCGGCUGCCGAAUCGCAUUUCGCAGGGUCAGCCGAGGGACUCGAAAGCGACUAGUCUGGCGUCCGGUGAGAGGUUUGGGCUGGAGACGGAUGUGCGAACGACGAUUGUGAAGACGCCGGGGGAGAGUAGGGAGAAUCUGAAGGAGGAGGAUGAGAGGGUUAUGCUGGCUGAUUUGAAGAGUGUAAGGACGGAGGAGAGGAUAGUAUAA